GAACAGUGCGCGUCCGGGGCCGCGCGUCCCGGUAGGGUGGGGAGGGCAGGCUGGCGGGUCAAGCUGGGACUCAGCGACGGUGGUCUCCGCUGGGCGCCGGGGAUCAGCAGCAGAGAUGUCUUCCCGAUGAGCUUCGGACAGCUCCUGGGGACGGCGUAGCGAGAAGGCAGGCCGCCGGCGCCUGGUGUGAAUGGCGCUAACAACCAAAUCCUACGUGAGAGGCACAGGGGUGGAGUGUACUGCAUGGGGGCGGGAGGUGAAGAUCUCGGAAUUUUCUUUUCUCACACAGAGCAGAGAUAAUGACGGGAUGUGGAGGUCGGGCCUUUUGUGGAGUUGAUGGACCAACUCUCAGGUCGCCGGGCUGCGGCAUCCUCGCCACUCUUUCUGGGACUCUGCCCAGUACCGGAACUUUAAUGCUGAAUCACCUAUUUGGCGCCGGAAAGGAAAAGCCGAUGGACCUACACCGGAAUAGUGGAGGACCGGGCGGGAAAGGGCGGCGGACUCGGACAGAAGCUUUGCUUAGCCUCGGGAAAGGUGAGCAGAGGCUAUAACUGUGGGAACGUCUGCAACCCGGGAGGCGGCGCAGGUCUGACAGGUGGAAUCAGGCUGUUUGCUGAAGUGUCCUCCCUUGAGAACGGGGGAAACAUUUACCCUUUGCCCUUUUCGAAGCAUGGCUUUGGCCUGCAGAUUCCCAAGUGGCCCGCAUGUUCUUGGAAAGUACUUGAAGCUACACAGGGCCCUGCGUCAGCCUCUGGGUGUUUGCGUCACAGCCUAUUGUUCAGGGAGCCUUCCGAAGCCAGGCACCACUCCUGGAAGAGCCUCCCAGCAGAGCAGGCCCGAAGAAGGUUUGCAAGGACAUGAGCAGAAGGAAGUCUCGGUGGAUAUUCUCUCUUCUGAAGAGAAGCCUGAAGUGAGUUUUGAAAAAGCAUUGAGGGACGAAGUAAAGGACCACUUUAGACGCUUGAAGAAUGAGAUCGUGAGUCGCUGGGUGGGCCCGGAAGGCCGCCCCCUGCACGAGGUCCUGCUCGAGCAAGCCAGGAUUGUCUGGCAGUUUCGAGGCAAAGAGGACUUGGACAAGUGGGUCGUGACCUCCGACAAGACAAUUGGAGGCAGAAGCGAAGUGUUCUUGAAAAUGGGCAAGAACAACCAAAGUGCGCUGCUGUAUGGGACUUUGAGCUCCGAGGCUCCCAAGGAUGGGGAGAGCAGCCAGAGCGGGUACUGUGCAAUGAUAUCCAGGGCACUCCGGGGUGCCUUUGACAAGAAGAUGUCUUAUGACUGGUCCCAGUACAACUCUCUGUAUCUCCGCAUCCGCGGCGAUGGGCGGCCUUGGAUGGUGAACAUCCGGGAGCAGACGGACUUCAUCCAGAAGAAGGACCAGAUGUACAGCUACUUCAUGUACACCCGCGGUGGGCCCUACUGGCAGGAGGUCAAGAUUCCCUUUUCCAAAUUUUUCUUCUCAAAUAAAGGAAGAAUCCGGGAUGCCCAGUACAAGCUUCUGCUUGACAAGAUCUCUACUAUAGGAUUCACCCUGGCUGAUAAAGUAGAUGGUCCAUUCUUCCUGGAAAUAGAUUUUAUUGGUGUGUUUAAUGACCCAGCCCACACAGAAGAAUUUCCGUAUGAAAAUUCUCCAGUGCUUAACCCAAGACUUUUUAAAUGAGGAAGAGGAUAUGCCAGUUUUGUGUUGUUAGACUAAUGAUGAUAGUAGCAGCCACAGUGAUGCAGACAAAAAAGUAAGUGUUUUGUUUUGUGGGCUGGGAUGCAGCCAGCGUCCCCCAAAAAGAAAAAAACUAACGGCACCAGAUAUGAAGAUACACGACUGUAAUCCCAAUGCUUCUGAAACUGAGGCAGGAGGAUCAUGUGAACUCAGAGCCAGCCUGGGCUACAAAAUGAGUUCAAGGCCAGCCUGAACUACAUAGUGAGACUAUUUCAAAAAGACUAAAAAAAAAAAAAAAAACAAAAGAAGACUAAAAACCAAAACCUAAUGGCAAAUAAAUUGCUGGUAUGUAUUCCAUAAAAUAGGAUGUUAUAGUUCACGUCUAGAGGUUACCCCAAAGUCUCAUGCAGUCAGAGGUGAGGAUUUUUGGAUCUAGGGCAUGUGAUAGUAGGAUUAAAGGCAUGUGGUAUUAGUCCACUGAUUGGUUUGGCAUAGUUCUGGGUGUAGAAGGCCCUCCCUACAUGUGGGUAGUGCCACCCAAGGGCAGACAGCCUGGAAAGACAAAAAUAAGCCGUAGGGCCAGGGAUACAGCUCAGUGGCGCAGUAUCUGCUUGGCAAGAUUUUGAUUUCUGGGGGCUGGGGAUUUAGCUCUGCAGCAUAAGCGCCUUUCUUGUAAGCAGGCAGUUGUGAGUUCGAUCCCUGGUACCAAUAAAAAAAAAAAGAAAAAGACAAAAAAAAAAAAAAAAAAGAGUUUGAUUUCUGGUACCCAAAAAAAAACCCCCAAACACCAAAAAAGCAAUAGGUUGCUGCCAUUGCUUGCUGCCUUCUGCAUGUCCUACUCUGUGAUGGAUGGUUGUUCCUCCUCGGUGCCCCUCUGCCAUGCCACCCUGCCUUGGUGCCAGCUGACCAUGGAGCAAAACCUCUGUGAACUGUGAGCCAAAUAAACCUUUCCGCUUCGAA